AUGGAUUACGAUUGGGCAACAGCCCAAACCGAAGCUAAAAUAGAAAACGAAAACCUAGGAGCCAAGUUCAAGCGUCUGAUAGAGAAAGGAACAAAAACAGAACUGCCCGAACAGAUAAUCAGGGAACAGGAAGAAUGGAACACGGUCUUUCCUGACUUGACAGUUACCGGGCAGUCCGUGAAACUGCCAAAAAACAACAAUUCAGAGAAAAAUCAACUCAUAAACAUACUGGUCACACGUCUGGUACAACAACACAUUGUUCCCGAGGUGAGUUUAAUUUAAAUUUUUAUAAAUUUUUAAGCUUGAAUGACCUAAAAUAAAUCACAAAACAUUUCAGAUGAAGAGGAUCGUAGAAAGAAGCAAUCAGCAAACACGAAUAACCAAACCUCAACCUCCAAAGAGCUUUUCCCUACCCAAGAUAUAA